ACACCGCCGCCGCCGCCGCCGCCGCCGCCGCCGCCGCCUCCGCGCCCGCCCCCCGCGCCCCUGCCUGCCGCGGCAGGCGUCAGCGCCGUGGCCGGCCGGUGGUCGGCCGGUGGGCAGCCGCCGCCAUGGCCGCCCCGGAGCCGCUGCGGCCGCGCCUGUGCCGCCUGGUGCGCGGCGAGCAGGGCUACGGCUUCCACCUGCACGGCGAGAAGGGCCGCCGCGGGCAGUUCAUCCGGCGCGUGGAGCCGGGCUCCCCCGCCGAGGCGGCCGCGCUGCGCGCCGGGGACCGGCUGGUCGAGGUCAACGGCGUCAACGUGGAGGGCGAGACGCACCACCAGGUGGUGCAGAGGAUCAAGGCUGUGGAAGGGCAGACUCGGCUGCUGGUGGUGGACAAGGAGACAGACGAGGAGCUCCGCCGGCGGCAGCUGACCUGCACCGAGGAGAUGGCGCAUCGAGGGCUUCCACCCGCCCACGACCCCUGGGAGCCAAAACCGGACUGGGCACGUGCAAGCAGCCUGGGCUCUGAGGCUGGCCAGAAGGAUGUCGGUGGGCCCCCGAGGGAGCUACGCCCUCGGCUCUGCCACCUACGGAAGGGCCCGCAAGGGUAUGGGUUCAACCUGCACAGUGACAAGUCCCGGCCAGGACAGUAUAUCCGCUCUGUGGACCCAGGCUCGCCGGCCGCUCACUCUGGCCUCCGUGCCCAGGACAGACUCAUCGAGGUGAACGGGCAUAACAUUGAGGGGCUGCGCCACGCAGAGGUGGUCGCCAGCAUUAAGGCGCGGGAGGACGAGGCCCGGCUGCUAGUGGUGGACCCCGAGACGGACGAGUACUUCAAGCGGCUGCGGGUCACGCCUACUGAGGAGCAUCUAGAAGGUCCACUGCCAUCACCAGUCACCAACGGGACCAGCCCUGUCCAGCUCAAUGGUGGCUCAGCAUGUUCAUCCCGAAGUGACCUGCCUGGCUUAGACAAGGACACUGAGGUAGACAGCAGCACCUGGAAGCGGGACCCCUUUCAGGAGAGUGGUCUCCACCUGAGCCCCACGGCAGCCGAAGCCAAGGAGAAGGCGAGAGCCACCCGAGUCAACAAGCGGGCGCCACAGAUGGACUGGAACCGGAAACGCGAGAUCUUCAGCAACUUCUGAGCCCCUCCCUGCCUGUCUGCACGACCCUCGGGCCCCGCCCAGAGUCCCCCAAGCCUCAGCGGACUGGAGGGGGUGCUUCCUCACCCCCAGAAGCUGUGCUGGUCCCACCACCACCCAGGAACCAAUGUGCACCCCAGUGAGCCCCGUCCUGCCCCCCCCCACCUGCUGGGUGCUGGAUAGGGGAGAGGGGGCCCCUCUCGAGGUAGAAGAGAGUGUCAGGGAGGGGCAGUGGUGACCGUGGGCCAGGCCCUUGCUGCUCUGCCCGGGCCUGCUGACUUAAAGGAAUUUGUGUUUUUGCUUUUCUUCCAAAAACAAAAAAAGAAAGAGCUCCAGCUCCACAUGUUUCCACUUACUACCAGAGUCCCGCCCCCGCAGGACGCCUCUCUGUCACUGCAAUAAAGCAAACCUUUCUCUGCAAACCAUUUCCUCCCCACCCUCAGCAGCAGCCAUCCCAAGUGGGAGCCCUGGGCACUUCCAGGGAAAGAGAAAAACGUAUGGGGGCCAGGCUGUGGUUGUGGGGGCUUCAGUGUGACCCUGCGGAGGCCACAUGUGGCUGUAGGAGCUGCCCCUCUGCCCCCUCCCUGCUGGGGGUGGUCACUAGGCCAGGGCCCCACGUUCCUGCUGCACUAGAGCCUAGGCCUGGGCUCCAGGGGCCCGAGGAUGGAGGCCCUGUGUCCUCAAAAAAGGGUGGCCUCUGGACAGGCCUCUUGUCCAGGGGGAAUGUGGCUGUGGGAGAUCCUGCCCCCAAGGGACCUCGCCCACCCUCCCUUUCCUCCUGGCCCUGGCCGUGAACCCCACUGACAUUGCUGUCUGCCGUCUAAGCCAUAGCGCAUGCGCGCCCUCCUAAUAAACAGGCCUUCCUCAGA